UGCCACAGCGCGCUUUACGGCCGCGGGGACGGAGCGAGCCGGUGCCAGGGCCCCUCCGGCCCGGAAACAGGACUGGCGAGCGAGGUUGAUGCCCGGCGGCGGGGCGAGCGCGGCGUGUGGCCGUCUUCUUACCGCCGCGGAGCAAAGGAGGGCCCGGGAAGCGGCGGGGUCGGUGUCUAGGAGCGGGCCAGGAGGCUCCGGCUCCGGCGGCGGCAGAGGCGGAGCGGGUGGCCCCGGGCCGGGUUGUGGAGGCCCGGGGGGCCCCGCGUGCAGGAUGAGCCUGACCCCGAAGGAGCUUUCGAGCCUGCUGAGCAUCAUCUCGGAGGAGGCGGGCGGCGGCAGCACCUUCGAGGGCCUGUCCACCGCCUUCCACCACUAUUUCAGCAAGGCCGACCACUUCCGCCUGGGCUCUGUGCUCGUCAUGCUGCUGCAGCAGCCGGACCUUCUGCCCAGCGCGGCGCAGCGCCUCACGGCGCUCUACCUGCUCUGGGAGAUGUACCGCACCGAGCCGCUCGCCGCCAACCCCUUCGCCGCCAGCUUCGCGCACCUGCUUAACCCCGCGCCGCCCGCCCGCGGCGGUCAGGAGCCCGACCGGCCGCCGCUCUCGGGAUUUUUGCCUCCUAUAACUCCGCCAGAGAAGUUUUUCCUUUCCCAGCUGAUGCUGGCCCCUCCACGGGAACUCUUCAAAAAGACACCGCGACAGAUUGCCUUGAUGGACGUCGGAAACAUGGGCCAGUCUGUGGACAUUAGCGGGCUUCAGCUAGCCCUGGCCGAACGCCAGUCUGAAUUGCCAACUCAAAGUAAGGCCAGCUUCCCUAGCAUUCUCAGCGACCCAGACCCGGAUUCUUCUAAUUCUGGAUUUGACAGCUCCGUUGCCUCUCAGAUCACGGAAGCUUUAGUCAGUGGACCAAAGCCACCUAUUGAAAGCCAUUUUCGGCCGGAGUUUAUCCGUCCACCACCUCCGCUCCACGUGUGUGAGGAUGAGCUGGCUUGGCUCAAUCCAACCGAGCCCGACCACGCGGUUCAGUGGGACAAGUCGAUGUGUGUGAAGAACAGCACUGGCGUAGAGAUCAAGCGAAUAAUGGCCAAAGCCUUCAAAAGCCCCUUAUCUUCUCCUCAGCAGACACAGCUCCUUGGAGAGUUGGAAAAGGACCCCAAACUUGUUUAUCAUAUUGGCCUCACUCCAGCCAAGCUUCCUGACCUAGUGGAAAACAACCCUCUAGUCGCUAUAGAAAUGUUGCUGAAGUUAAUGCAGUCAAGCCAGAUCACUGAGUAUUUUUCGGUUCUGGUCAAUAUGGACAUGUCAUUACAUUCAAUGGAAGUUGUAAACCGACUAACUACAGCUGUUGAUCUACCUCCUGAAUUUAUUCACCUUUAUAUAUCAAAUUGCAUUUCUACCUGUGAACAAAUUAAAGAUAAAUAUAUGCAGAAUCGUCUGGUGCGUCUCGUGUGUGUCUUUCUCCAGUCCUUGAUCCGUAACAAAAUCAUCAACGUGCAGGACUUGUUUAUAGAAGUGCAGGCCUUCUGUAUUGAGUUCAGCAGGAUACGAGAAGCUGCAGGCCUCUUCCGGUUGUUGAAGACCUUGGACACUGGGGAGACACCUUCUGAGACCAAGAUGUCCAAGUGAUAGCUCGUCGGGACCACCUGUUCAUCGUUCAGCUAUGCUGUGCUUUUCAUUUUUAAAAGUGUUCAGACCCUGAGUGAUUGCUUGGCUUUAAUGCGUAUAAACACCAGUUUAUCCACUUAAAGCAAAGUUUUGCUUUCCUGGAUGACUUUUUCUUUAGAUGAAUUUUUGGUAAGAACUUGGACGAAUGUGUCUUGUAGGUGUCUCGCUGAUGAUUAUCCAUUGGGGCUGUCAUCCCAAACGAAGUCACUGCACACAGUAGAUGAGGUCUUCAGCUGAAAAGCAAGGUGCCUGUUUUUGCUUAAGAUGUAAGUCACGGGCUUCAGAUAAGGCAAGAAUACCGUUUUCCUGAGGUUCCAACGUUGAAAGUGUUUAGUGAGAGUAAAUUGAAGACACUCUCAAGAACCUGCCUUACUGCCCCUGAGGUCUUGAGUCAUCAUCACAUGACGGUAUUCUGACCCUUGAACUUCUCACUGGGUGCAGUGUGAGCCUCGGACACCCGUGUACCUUAUCCUUUCUUGUCAUGGGGACCUAAGAGACAACAGCGGGCUGCCUACAGACGUGGGAAUUCUUAGAAACCUUUUCCGAGACUAUAAGAGCUGGUAGUUUUCUGGGCCUUCUCUCCUGUUAACAGUCUAAAAGAGCGUCGGUACUUCAGGAGGAAGGACGGCACCGGGGGCCGUGCUGCACGGCUGCUCACCGAGUGGGCUUUGUGCCCUCCCCGUGGCGUCCUGUGGGCUGUUUAACCCCUCAUUUAACUCUGGACAGCAGUGCCUUACAUUAAAGUUUUCUAUGAACUCUAUUAUCUGAUGUAUUUUUCACUCAAAGACAUCAUGAAAAAUUCCCCAUCUGCUGAGGUACUUUCAAAGCGUAUUCUUCAUAGGAACAGGAAUCACCUCCCAAUCCAACCCUUAGCAAAAGUUAAAGGAUACCAAGCCGAGGGGUUUUAAGAUGAGUACAGAUUCCCACCUUGUAAUAUUGGCAAAACAGUACUCUUAGAUUUAUGAGAAAUUUUAGCUUCGUUAUUCUUGCGAAGGGCAGUGAUUUAUAAAUAUACUUGCUUCAAGGAAAUAAGGACCCAAACUGAUAUAACAGGUGCACCUUCAGACAUCUAAAUGAUGGCAACAGUUGACUUCUCUCAACACCUAAUGGCUGGCAUCACCGUUUUGCAUGUUACCACUGGGCAAAGAAACAGUUCAUUAUUCACAUACUCUCUGGAAUGGUGAAGUGUCGACCGCGCCUCGCCGCAAGCCUCCCAACCUCAGGCUCCAGGCCCUGCCGAUUCCUGGUCACGCUGAGCCUCCUGGCUGGCAGCCCCGGGACGCACGCACGUCGCUGCCUAACGCGAGUCUUCUCAGUGAGGUACCUCACCAGCGCUCAGGAGCAGCAGCCAGGGCGACAACACUGUGCCUGGGGUCCAUUCCAAACUGAAAUCACCAACGAGAAGCACAACAUUUCGGACAUGUGGGACUACAUAGAGCACAAAAGGACACCUGCUGACAGUCUGAGCUGAAACUAGAAGACAGCAUCCUUCCAUCCAGCCUCACCUGGUAGGGCGCGUGCCAGCAGCUCAGCAGGGUCACUGCCCCCGGGGUGUCCACGAGCCACCGCAGAUGUGCUACACACACUGGUUUGGAGCUGCAAGUGUGCUUCUGUGGGCACAUCUGCAGACAUGGCCUGAGACUAAAGACAGACCACUGUGCAUCGUUUCCAGAUUACAGUACUGGUGUUUACUUGACAGAGGAAAGGUUUUCAAAUUUAUUUUAAAUAAAUAGCUUACAAAGAAUAGUAAUUAUAUUUAGAGAACAUUAAAAAAAAAAACAGUCAAGAUACAGUUACACCACCAGCAAAAAAGUUCUUCAUUAAACAUUUAAAAGUAGAAGAAAGUUUACCUGAAAUAAAAGAAACAAUAAUCCUGGGAUUCAAUAAACUGCAGUCAACUUUUAAGUGUCAUCAGACGAGUUCAGUUUAACUGUCAUGUUUUUUAAAAACCACACCUUGAAUUCUCUGGACUUUUAGUUCCAAUCUGUUGUAGCUUUAGUAUCUUCAAAUUACCUGUUAAAAAGAAGACGGCAAGGAGACCUGUUAAGAAGAUGACAUCUUAGGGUAGAAAGUUCAAAAAAGCAUUUGCAAUCCUAAAAUUUAACUAUUUCAAAUACCUCUCUUUAACAGUAUUAUUUCGUUAAGUAACUUUAAGGAAAUGGUAUCACUCAAUUUUUAUUCUUAUAGAAUACAGAUAUACUUUCAUAAAUUUUAAGUAGCGUGUACUACUGUAUUAUGCAUUUUGUGAUGAUUCACAUUCCCGUGGUGAACAGUGGAUCACACAUCUAUUUUAAAUGCUAUUAGGGUGAUAUCCCUAAAAUAUUUUGAGGGUUAAAAUGGAAAAUUAACGCAUGGGAAGAACUUUUUACAUACUUGUUAAAAUUCCUGCACCCUGUACCAAGAGAUUUUGCUAGUUUCCUUUUGUACCUGGUCUUUUCUUUUUAUGCAGUCACUACUGUUCUUAUGAGGAAAAUCCUUGAGGAAAGGACUUCCAUAAUCCUGGGAUUCAGUAACUGUAAUCAGCCCAACAGAAAGUACUCGUGUUCUCAAGUUUCUCUUUAGCCCUUAAUACACAAGCCUACAACUCAUCAAAAAGAAUGGAUUGACUUUUCUUGUACUCAUUUUAAACAAAUGUAAUGCAGAUAUUUUUUUUGAUUUACAACUUAUUUUAUAUUUAUACUUUGCUGUUAGAACACGGGCAGAUCUCUAGCUGCAUGGCUGAUGAUAUUGUAGACGUUUCACUUUCAUAACCAGUAAUACAAGUACUAGUAUUUUUGAUGAAUGAAAUGCUUAUAAGUGUUUUUAAAACUUCAAAAACGAAAUUAACUGGGAAAAGCGUAGGUGGCUUUUCUGGUUGGUUGUUGCGUCACAGAAGCACAGCGUGCGCCACACAAGAUGAGCUCUGGUUCAGGCCAGCGUCCCAUGCUCUGUAAAUCUCAAAGCAGGGCUUACAGUGAGCCCAAAGAAACUGACGAAAACAUGUCAUUACCUCAGGUUCUAGUUAGUGAUAUCUGCAUGCUCACUUAACCUCAGCCCUCACUGAUCACAUCAACUUUAAUGUGCUCAAAGGAAGGCUACAGCCAAAGGAAGCCAUCUUUACUGGGGAAUCUGGUUACGCUGGGUAUUGUGUCCAAGUAAAAACACACCCGGUUCCUGAAGGUCUAUUACUGUUGUUAUUGUUUUCAUGAGUCUGGUGGUCUUUGAUUCAGCAAGUAUAUCCUAAAGCAUGUAGAGAGGUACUUACUGCAUGUUCAAGCCCUGAAGUUGCCCCAAGGUUCACUGAUUAUCUUAAAAAUAUCUGAGCUCGCUGGAAAGGCCUAUCUUGGAAAUCUUGCCCUGACAUUACUGAGGUCAGACCAGAGGUUCGCUUCAGGAGGUUUUGUCAUCGUGCGCCCACAGAGAGCCAACUGCUGAGGGACACACUGCAAUUCGGCCUUUUAGUGUCAUCAUUCCUCAGUAACUACAGGGAGGGAGCAGUCUUUCAGGAAAGGCUCUGCGGAUUCAAGAUCCCUAAAAGGACAGCAUGCAAAGAGCUAUUACCUGCUCCAGGUGCUGUGUGUGCGCCUCCCCUCUGGGCGUCGUGGCUUUCUGAUGGGAAGCCCGGAAGCAGCAUGGCAGGCAAUAGCCUGCGGGGUGUUCACAUCCAUGGGUACACUGCCCUCCUCCACAGGCUGCCUGAGGCUCUCAGUUAAAAAGAAAAAAUACUGUCUCUACAUUAUUUGUGAAGAAAUGGUCUUCAUGACAACUGUCAGAAGGAAAUUGAUUACUGCCAUAAAUAAUAUAACCUUAACUACAUCUCUCAUUUACUAAUCUUUCUUCAUUGACAUUCCCCAGAUUCCCAGCAUUUUAUCAAGUUUCUAUUUCAGCAAAAAUUCUAGUAAUAUUUGACCCUUUAUCAUGUUUAUUUCCACCUAAGAAAAGCGUAUCAAAGGAAACAUUUUCCUUUCGAAGUACUGAAGUUUUGUCUUCUCUUGCUAAUUUCUUUAUCUGCUGUUAAAGACUUGUGUUUCUAGAAAUAAGAGCACUAUAAUUUUUCCAAUCUCUUCUAUUUAUAACUUAGGGUUCAAACUUCUGAAUUAAGGAAAGCUCUAGCUGACAGCCACUGAUUAAGAACUCACACUUCCAUAAUCAUCAAAAACAAUUUACCUUGAUCUGUCACAGUAUUCUUUUUAAAAGUCAGCUUCAUUGGCUACUGGGAAGAAUUAAAGCAUCUUUCCCUACUGUGUGUGUUAAAAUACAAAGAGCAAACAGUCUACUCAGUAUAAAAUCAAGGACAUGUUUUCCUAUCCACAAUGCACCACAGAAGGCGGAUUUCAAAGAUAAUUGCUAUUAUGGAAACCUACUGAGGCUGUCUGUUGAAAUGAGAGCUCAAAGUAAGACAACUUCUAUUCCAAUAGCUCCUCACAUGGAAACUGGCCUCAGUUUACUUCCACUGUUUACUCACCUAGUAUUUCACUGAGUGGCUGGAAUCAAAGUGUAGUAAAUAGUUUGAAAAAAAUAAGCUAUAUGAACUGUACAUCUUAGAAACAGCUAUAAAAAUAAAUUAUUUAAAUUUAUAUUCUUAAUAAACAUGUAUUUUUACCCACACAGAUCCACACAGUAACUAGUUUGGAAACGAAAAAGGGCUACAAUUUCAAGUUCUAAAAAAAUCUCUUCCUCAUCCUUGACUUCCACCUCUAAGAAGUGAGGACAGUGUGUGUGUCUGUUUAAUCGCUUUAUCAAUUUAGAAAGCAGCCCCCGAAAGCUUGAACAGCCCACUCCCUCCACCUCCACUGCCAAGGAAGAACAGCAAACAAGAGUAGAGAGAAGAGAUGAUUAAACAAGGUCACCGCCAUUAAGUCUGCCUUAAAAUUAAUCAAGGAAACCGGUUACUUGUUUAUUUUGUUACAACAGCAAUGGAAAGUCCCCAUCUACCACGCUUUAUAAUUGUAGAGAUUAAACUGCAGUUGGAAUCGGUAUAUUCACCAUUUACCCCCAAAAACGCCAUAUCAGAGUCCAUCAGAGUCUGUCUACUCCAUUUCUUUAACAAGCAAUGAAGAACUUCAUGCUCGUGCGCAAUACGGAAUCGUAGCUUUUUUUAUUUGUAUAGAAAAAAAUGGACAAAACUUUCCUCCCCAUCAAGGUUGUUAGAAAUUAGGUAACGAGAGGGAGAAAUGCAAAUCCUAAAGUCAACCAGUGCUUUUCCCAUAACUCCAAAUAAAAAACAAUGAAAGUGCUCUGAGGUUUGGAAAUCUCUCUAUAGUACAGAGGUGCAAGGAAGCGAUAGAUUUCUCUCAUCACAUUUACAAGUUUCAUGUUCUAAAGUUUUUCCUCCAGGAAAACUCAUGUGAUCAACUACUGAAUAUAAUCACACAACUCCAUUUUAACUAGUCUGAAUUCAAUGUGCUUAGUCUAGAACCAUCCUUGAGAAGAAAGAAUCUUAUGGUACAUUUUAGUAGAUAAAUAUAUGAAGACUAAUCAAAAAUUCUCUUUAAGAAUAAAGUAUCUUAGCCCUUUGUAUAUCAAAUCAGAACCUGAAAGGUAAAAGAAUGUACAUUAUUUUCACAUAUACAA